AUUCAUAUUACUCCAAAACACGCAUGCAAUUAAAUUCGAGUUCAAGUCAAAUAGUAUCAAAAUAAUUUCACACAAAUUUUACAAAAGACCGAAAAAAUAAGCCAGUAGGACUAAAUACAGCCUGGUUGGCUGGCCCCGCCAACAAGGUCCCUUAUUUAUUUUUGAAGGAGUUGAAAACCCUAUCUGUAAAUAGUAUAAAGAAUUUUAACUGUUGUACCCUUAAGGAAAUUACUCCCCCUUCUCUUUACUUUUUUACAUACUGACACUCGUUCUCUAACAACUCUUAUCUUCCUCCAUCCCUCUGUUACUCAUUCUCCCUCAGUAUCUCUCGCCUCCCUUCCUCUUCUCUCUCACUCCUUUUUCAGUGUCUCGCUCUCUUAGGACAACAUUCAUCGCUACCUUCAGGCCAGACUGGGAAUGUUUACUUCAUGCUUUUAAAAUGCGGCAGCCUAAUGACUCGUAAUUGCUUCAUUUGCUUAACAAGCUCAGGGUCAGGGGCCAAAGCAGCGUGAUUCUCUCCGGCACUCCAGUAGCAGACUAGAAGUAGUAGAGUUUGGAUGUGCGGGGGAUUUCUAUUUAGUUUGGCUUGAUUGUAGAAAUAGACAAAUAUAGGAGAGCAGAGAUUGCAUAUUUAAGGCACAAAAAGGAAUGUAAGGUGAAGCUUAACAAAAUUCUACGGCUCAAAAGCCUGCAGAAAAGUUCAUUUCAAGGAGGACAAAGAGCAUUUGAGCUUAUGUAAAGGAGCCCUCACGGAUACAAUUUCAACAGAAAUUGAUAUCAGAUAUGUUUUAAAAAGGCUGAACCAGACGAGCGUGAUUGCUCACCGCUCUGGGACUUUAAAAGACCGCAAGAAGCAACGUGAGACUUUCAGCUGAGAAUUGAGGCAUUUGAAUAUCAACACCAAAAAGUGGAUUUUGGAUUGAGACCAUGGAGUUGUUGGAGUUGUUCUACCGUAGGAAACUCCGCAGGAAGCAGAAAAAAGCGGAGCUCCACCGCUCCGAUGGCGCGCUUUGUCGCUCGCCGGAAGAGGCCAAUGUCAACACCCUGGCGACCGGCUUCAUCUCCAAAGUCCUCAGAUUCACCUCCAGACGCAGUGAGCCUUCCUCUCGUCCUCACUCGUGGCAUUCAACAAAGCUUGGUGAAGGUCAGCAGGACUCAGAGCAGGAAGGAAUGGACACUAUGAGCAGUGCCUGGCACCACAACUACCACGCAAGUGCCUCCACCACAGACCUCGCUGGUGAUUUUCAGUCUGAUGGCGGCUGUCUGAGGAAGAGUCCGGACCAAUACAGCUCAAGAGGCAGCAUGGAGAGCCUGGAUCCUCCUCAGUCUGGACACCUCCAGCACCACCACGCGCUGGGCCAGCACCCCCACAGCGGGCCACACCCUGCCUACUCCUCCUGCCAACAGCUGUCCUCUGCCAGGUCGUCCAACAGCAUUGAUCACCUCCACAGCAAACGAGACUCUGCAUACUCCUCCUUUUCCACUAGCUCCAGUAUUCCAGAGUACCUUGCUUCUGCGCCGACCUUUUGUCCCGAGCGUUCCUAUUCUCUGGAUACCGUCCCUCAGAAAGGAGGAAGCGGAGAGAUGCAACAAGCUGACGUUCAUUACAUCCGCACGGUUUACAAUACCCAGCAGGAACUUGCUCAGGAGCAGGAACUGACAUCUACACCGACUUUGUCGCUACGCAACAGUGACUCCAGAAGUGCGGGAGGAGAGAAGGGAGGGCAAAGCAGAGAUCCGCAAGGAGGUGGGGUCUGCUACCGUGGCAGCGGCAGUGGCAGGAUCAGUGGUGCACCGGCUGCAAACAGGCACAGUGUGGGUCCAAUAUGGGCACCUGGGACCAGUCACAGCUCAUAUGAGAACCUGAGAGGGGUACCUGCUCCACCAAGGCGCAGCGAUAGCUAUGCAGCUAUCAAGAACCACGAGAGACCCAACUCUUGGUCCAGUGUGGAUCAUUUCCGCUCAGCUAACAGGUCUCUGCAGAAAAGUUCCUGGCAUCACUCCAGUGGCCCAGUGGCAGCUAAAGGCUUGUACACCACUGAGGGCCAGCUCCACACAGUCAUAGAGAAGAGCCCAGAAAGCAGCCCCACCACAAAGCCCAGACAGGGCUUUCCUCCACCAGGUUCACCUUCUGUACCUUCCACAGGUCCUGUAAGCCCUGCUCCCCAGUCAGGACGCCUCAUUCUGCCCACAGGAAUAUACCCUGUACCCCAACCCGAGCCACAAUAUGCACAGAUACCUACUUUAAGCCCCGUGUCACCCACCUCUGGAGUUUACACCGCUCUGGCCAAGGACAACACCCGGAAGGAAAAUCUGCAAAAUGUCAGAGGACAGGAAGAAGAAGCCACAGAGCAAUGGAGGGACGGAAUACAACCAUCUAGCGAAAAUGGAGACCAAUUCAACACUAUGUCACCGUACCCCCACACCCCUUCUUCAACAACACAGAUCAAAAGAAUACAUGAGUCAGACAGUCACAGAUCAAUGGACCAAUCUGACGCUCAACCAGAACCAGUGGUUUCUACCAGAGUGGCACAGGGACAGGUGCCACCUUCCGAUUCACCAGUUCACCCUCAGCUUCAGCACCCCUCCUCCUCUCAGGUCUCUCCCCGUCACUACAGUGACUCAGCAGUAGUUCAUUACCAUCACUGGAACCAGAAAGAGCUGGACAAAGACAAAGAACACCCGCUGACCCGUCUGGAGAACGCUCUCGUAGAGGUCCAACAACACACUGGCCCUAGCGGUGUUGUCUCUGUCAGUAGCUAUGACAACAGUGCAUCGGGUGAGGGCAUGCAGGGACCCACACGGAGUCUCUCUGUGCUGGAGAGGGUCAGCCGCUUUGAGCAUCGUGAACGUGCAGGAAAACAACGCAGUCAAAGCGUCAGUCACCACAAGACCUUUCAUUGGAAUCAGACCACUGACAAAGCCUAUAGUGCCCCCCGUGGAGCAGAGGACCUCAGAAGCAUGCUUGAAAGAAGCACCAAAGCCCAUAGAACUAUGAGUUACAGAGGAGGCCGCAUCAACUGUAAGAAAGACAGGACCACACCUGAUCCCAAUUCAGCCCUGCAGAGGAGCAUCAGCAGCCUUCAGUUGGAUGGAUCAACAGGAGAUGACGGCAAGACCUCUUGGACACAAGAUGUCCACAACAUGCUGGGCUCUUAUCAAGACACAUCCUUCCACAGAUCUCACAGGGACGUGCAGUCUAAGGUCGUCCGUUCCACCUCCUUGAGACACAAUUUCUCCCCAACUCGUACUUCACAUGCAGCUCCUCCUCCCAUUUCCUCCUCCUCCUCACCCAGCAGCCAUCAGCCUGCUUCCCUUAAACACCAUCCCUCUGGGAAGAGAGGCCCUAAAACCAUGCCCAAGCCAGAGAGUAUUGUUAUCUCACCGCCAAUCACAUCCCCUCACACUCCGAAGGAGCGUCAUGUCGUCGGGCCUGAGACUCGAGGGCCAAGUCCCCCGGCCUUGCCCAGCACCCCGCCAGUUGGCCCCCCUGCUCUGUUGCGAAUCUGCGGACGCAAACGUAUGACUGCAGACCAGAAGAAACGUUCCUACUCUGAACCGGACAACAUAAACGAGGUUGGGAUUACGGAUUCGGAGACAUCUUCUCUCUUCAAGUCAGGAGGAGAGGCGAGUGUGGCAGACCGACGGAAGAUGUUUGAGCUUGGGUUUCCAAACAACGCCAUUUCAAGGCCCGACUUACGCCAGCUUCAGCAAGACGCUCUGGCUCAGUACGUGCAGAGGAAGAAAAGUGCAAAGAAAGAGGAGGCAAGACAGAGGAGUGGGCCAAGGCCUCUCAGCGCUUAUCUACAGUUGGAGAACGCCUACCUUUCAGACACCCUCAGCGUGUCAUCCACGUCCAGCCUGCUGUCUCUCCAGGACGCUGGCCCCACCUCAAGUGAGAGGCAUCACAUGUCAUCUUCCCCUGCAGCUGACAUGAGAAACAUUCAAUCUAACUUCUACUAUCCAGGCAGGGUGACCACCCCGAGGCCUCCAUCACACCCUACACUUAGUGGGGACUCUCCACCUGAGCGCCACACCUCCAUCAGCCACGUCCCUCACAGUUGCAUCCCGGGGGCAGACGGCAAUAGACACAGUCCAUUUUCAAGCAGAGAAUCACCACAACAGAAAGCAGAGCCUCAACAGACGUGGGGAGGGCCCAGGCACCUGAGCAGGGCUUUGCAAAAGGCUCAGUCCAGGCUGGGCUCUGGCAAAUCGGCCUCUGUUGAGGAUCUUUUGGAGCGAUCGGAAGAAAGGCGUCCUCACCACUCGCGCUCCCGCUCAUCGCCCACUGUGGAGAUAAUCAAGCAGGACAUACCACCAAGUGAAGAGAAGAUGUUUGAUGCCUCCAUCACUGGACCUGAGCACUGCGCUAAGACGGAAGACAGACUUCCAGAUGACAAGCUGCUAGGGGGGUUGUCAUCUCCCCCCUCAUCACACAACGGUCCUGCUGGAUCUUUUUCAGAAGCAACCUUCUCCCACACUCCUGUUUCUCUGAGAGACAAACGUCAAAGAAACAUCGAACGUCAGCGAGCCCAUAGCGCCUCCUCUCUUGCAGCCUCAGUUGGCCUGCCUUGCCCCCUCACCUCCCGGGAUAAAGGUGGGCCUGAGUGGCCUGCUAACGAGGGUCUGAGUCAAGCCAACCAGGAUGCCACGUUCCCUGGCACCCCUCAGAGUAGCGUACCAGAGGGUGAUGGUGACAGGAAAGUUGCAGCGGUUAGCCUCGAUGGCCACCUAGACACCUUAGUGAUGGACAAACCUAUGAGGCACAGUUUGAGUGAAGACAUGACGAAGGACACUCAAAGAGAGAGAACAUUUAGUUUAGACCGGAAAGGAGAACUUUCUAAAGAAAACGAAGUCUCAGCAGUGACAUCGUCACCGCAGCUCCAUUUCCAGUUGGAGUUCCCACCGUCCUCUCAUCAGUCCAUCCACCAGCACUUGUCCUCCGGGAGAACGCCAGACGUUGACGGCUCAACUGACCAGCAGCCAACAUCACUGACCUGCCAUGAGGACCAAGAUGAGGUCUUUCUCCAAAAUCCCGCUCCUCCAUCAUCGCCUCCUUCCAUCAAAGAGACUGACAUCACGGAGGACUUCCCUCCUCCCCCUCAUCCCAUCCUUGAGUUGAACAAGAACACGUCUCUGCAGAAUGCCGGAAGCCUUCCCCCAUCCUUCAAACAGCAGUCAUCCACCCUCACAUCCACCGCUUCGUCUAGUUUUUCCAGCCUGGACGUGGACAACUUUGAAGAGAACCUCAACCUUGAGUACGAGCCGCUGCUCAAGAGGGAAAAGACAGCAGAGGAGCUUCGAGUGGAGACAUUGUGGCGGAAGCUGGUAUUGCAGGAUCACUCUCUGUCAUCGAUCUUCCAAGGAAGGGAAGGUAAAUCCACAGUGGAGCUUGUGGAGGGGAUCUUUCGAAACAGCAGACUGGGCGCUAAAGUGCCAUGGCAUGGCAGCAACAUUAAUGACAGGAUGGAAGAUGGUUUCAGCACAGAAAUGGACCCCAGGAUGGAGGUGGAUGAGGAUGGGAAAGACAUCAACAGCAAAAAGGUGGAGCUGUGUGAGGCCCUCAGGUGCAGUGUGGUGGCUCUGCGCCAAGAGAAGGAAGCUCUGUGUGAGGAGCAGAGGCGGCACCAGGCACUCGGGGCAAGCAUCGACUCUCUGGUGCACAAUCUAUGCAAGGUCAACGAGCGGGACAAGUACAGCAUGUUCAUUGGAGAUCUUGAGAAGAUCAUGAACCUGCUGCUGUCGCUGUGUAGCAGGCUGUCGAGGAUUGACAGGUCACUGCUUGCUCUGCAGCGAGACGAGCUCACACAGGAGGACACGUCAGAACAGAGGGAUUCCCUCCAUCAAAAGCGCUCUCAGCUCCUCAGCCAAACGGAGGAUGCUUGGGAACUGAAGGAAAACCUGGACCGGCGGCAGCGCGUUGUUCACGCCAUCUUGUUAGGCUACCUCACUGAACCCCAACUCCAAGACUACCGCCACUUUGUCAGCACCAAACCCUCCCUACUGACCCGCCAGCGGAACCUCGACGACCUCAUACGUCAGCGAGAGGAGCAGCUGACUAGGCUGGCAGAGACCCUCCCGCCCGAGCUGGCGUCGGCUCGGGAUCGGUCGGGAGGAUCUUCGCACACAUCCCCUAAGCCCACCCCCUGCUCCUCGCCCUUCCCACAGCUGACUUCUGGCCCCUCCCACUCAGUCAGGCCCACCACUGUAACAUCACUGUGAUGUCAUGAAAGUGUAGGACAUAAGAAGAGUGGAUCUAUGCACAUGUCACACGAUAACGUGCCUCGUUCUAGUUACACCCGACUGAAUGUUUCACCUCCUUUUGUUUCUGAUGAAAGUCACCAGCAAAAGUGCAAGCAAUGGCUAGUUUCAGUUUUGAUUUCGGUUAUGUCCACUGUACAUGAAAAAUAAGUUGGGGUCUAAGGGUCAGCUCUUUAUUUUACCGGAAUAUUUCACAGGUUUGUUUGCAGUACCUAAAUGAUAUGAACCUAAUUUUAAGUUAAAUUGACUAUUUCUUUCAAUUCCUUUCGACUUUCCUGAGACGGACGCUCGCUGGCAAAGGCUGAGGAGAAAUGAAUGUUGAAUAAAAUGGACUCUAAUCCUCAUGCAGGCAUGUUAGGAGCCAGAAUUCACAGUAAAAUGCUGUAUUUACAUGUUUUACACAUCAGCUAAUGGUCCUGUCAGACAGAAUUUGCCAUGCAAGGAAACUUCCAUUGUGCUAAAAUGAAUGGGCAGGUUUGCUGGUGGCCAAAGACAUAAUAAUAAUGAAAAAACCCACUAAAAUUUGAUUCCACUUAUUUUUUAUAUGGAAACAUUUGAUGUCAAAGAUGAGGAGUCCAAAGAUUCUGAUGGGAUGUUCGACGUUCAACUUUGUUUAGUUUUGUAUUCCAUGUUUUAAAUUGCCCCCAAGUGAUUCAUUUUAAUAUAGAACACAAAAUAAGCCAGCCUUCACAUUUGGAAAUAAUUUAUUUCAUUGAUUUUAAACCAAACAAUAGAUUACCAGAGAAUUGCGUAUUAAUGUCAUAAUGAAUUAAACUGGACAUAACAUUAUUGUAUUGUGCUCUAGUUACUUAUUUGGUGUGUUUUCCUUGUCUUAAAAAACCUGUAAAGGUUUGACUUCAUAUAAUAAAACGUUUUUCUUAAUCUAGACUGUUAAAAGGUUGAAAGCAACAGAUGGAAACAUUGAGCCUCCAGAAAACAUGUUUUAUUAGAGUAUUACUGCACUUAUUCACUGAAUACAAAGUCAGGCCAACCUCAUGUUGUUGGAGGUUCUUUGUUGUUCUGAAAUGUCUCUUAUUUCUUGUCCUCCACCUGUAAAUUUGACUUGUCUUUUUAUUCUCCAAAUAUCACACACAACAAGCCUAUCACGCUCACUUUUUCAUGUAGUCCUGCUAGACACAAAAGAUGAACUCGUACGUGCAUUGGUGGUUGACUUGCGUGAUUUGUACGAGUUGAUAUAGUGAAAAAUGUCUCGUUUUGUUUUGUUGGGGCUUUUUUUGCUAAAUAAAACUAUUUUGUAAGUUC